AUGUCCAGCAAUAACAAGUUCAAUAACAAAUCAGCCAAAAAGUUUGCCAUUGUUCAUAGACCACAUGACGAUCCUAAAUACUAUGAUUCUGAAGCGUCUCAAAAUAUUUUAAUUCCAGUAGAAAAUCCAAAUAAAGCACAGAAGGUGUAUCAAAACCCUUUAAGAAAAAUCAAAAAGACACAACAGGUCACGAAUUGGCGUGUAGGUGAAGCUGCUUUAUAUGGUAUUGGAUUUGAUGAUUCUAGUUAUGAUUAUACCCAGCAUUUGAAACCGAUUGGUGUGGACCCAGAGCAUUCUAUUUUUAUUGCAAAAGAUGACCAAAAACAACAAACUACCAAUAAAAACAUUGAAGAUUUAUUUGUCGAACCCCAAUAUAAAAGUAUGUCAAGUGCUAAUAAUACUUCAGUUUUUGAUUUUGGUAAGGCCAAACCUGAAUAUUUGGAGCAUCAGGUAGAAAUAGCUGAUGAGUUACGCGGGUUUAAACCUGACAUGGAUCCUGCUUUGAGAGAGGUUCUAGAGGCUUUGGAAGAUGAGGCAUACGUCAUAAACGAUGAUAUUGUAGUUACCGAACACAUAGGGAAGGCCAAAAAGGAUGGGAAUGCUCCAAUGGAGGGAGAAAAGGAAGGUGAAGAAUUUGAAAACAGUGAUGAACUGUUGGGUAGCGACGAUGAUAUUUUUGCAGAGUUAUUAGGUAGCGGUGAAACUAAUGAGAUGGAGCGUCAAGAAAUAUUAGAUGAAUGGGAUAUGGAUAAUUACGAUGAGUACGGCGAUCAAAAUAUAGAUCUAAGUAAAAUAGAUGGCAACUUAAGCAAUUUCAAUGAGGCAGUUGAUUGGAGUGCCGAUGUGAGUCAAUUUAAAAGAGAACAAAAAAUAUUGAACAAAAACGAAGUUACCAAGAUAAAUGAUGAUUUAGAAUCACAAAAUGAUUUCGUGGAGGAUGAAGAAGAGGAUCAAUUAGGUGACUUACCGACAUUUAAAGGUAACACUAAGUCACAAAAGAAGAAACAACGUAGAAAGAAGGGUGCCAUGUCAGAUAGUACUGGAUUUUCAAUGAGUUCCAGUGCUUUAGCAAGAACAGAAGUCAUGACCGUAUUGGAUGAUAAAUAUGACCAAAUAAUAGAUGGAUAUGAGAAUUAUGAAGACGAAUUAGAAGAAACAGCUGAUGAGAUACAAGAGUUUGACAUGAAGAUGGAACGUCCUGAUUUAGAAUCUCUAGUAGAUGAAUUUUUGGAUACUUAUGAACUAGAAAGUGGUGGUAGAAAAUUAGUGAAAAAGAACCGAGAAAAGGAUAUAUUAGUGGAAGCUGCUGAUUCUGUCAGUAAGGGCAAAGUUUCCAUAAAGAGAAACAAACUAAGACAAAAGAAUAGUGGUGAUGUUACUGGGAUUACUACGGGAUUAAGCAGUUUGAAGUUCUGA